CUGUUUGUUUCAUUUGAAAAUACCUCCCUAAAAACGAAUAUUUGUAUUAUUGACAAUAAAUUAUGUCUUAAACUUUUCCUUAUCGCUGAACAUAUUUUUCGUUUAUUUAUUUUUGUAAGCGGCGCAAUUGAUCCUUUUCAAGCAAAUGUUGAGACAAACAAAGGGUUAAUUAUUAAAUCUUUGUGAUUAGACUAACUAUCCCAAGUUCAUUGCAAAUCAAAAGAUAUGUUGAGAGAUACGGUGGUUAUUAAUUAAUUAUCACACUAUAAGCUUUUCAAGAGUUUAAUGGGUGAAAAUGUAUGUCCACAUUGAAAAAAUAUUCGCGAUUAAUGAUUAGUCAAAUUGUAUGAACGAUGUCGUGUACAAACUUAUAUUGUAUGUAAAUAAGAUACACUACCUGGAUACUAUUCUCUUGUCACGAUAUUCCCAUAAUCUUAUGUUUGGGAUGUAUGCUUAGCAUUUUAAUUCACGUUUUACCUAUUCCAUAAAAUAAGCAGGGGCAGUUCAUGACCAUCGAGUAAAAAAAAAAAAAAAAAAUUAAGGGAGGCCGUGAAUUUAUCGAAAAAAUUCCAAUUUUAAACGGUAUAAGCUAAUUUAACUUUAAAUUAACACGGCUUGACACGUAUCGAUUAGUUUAUGAUACAACGUAAUGCACGGUGUAAUAAGUCUAAUUUAUAUUAUGUCGACAUCGAUACUGGCCGGCAUGAGAAUAAUAUGACACGAUAGCUUGUUCGGGCUGUUUUCUGGUGAAACGGAAAAACGAAGAAGAAGAAGAAGAAAAAAAAAAAAGAAGCUUAUGCCACAAGAUACGACGCGCGCAAGGAAACAGACGUGAGGGUGGACAACUGAGAAGUCAAAGAAUCCUGCCGUCCAUUCCACGAGAGCGAAAUCUUAGAAAGUGCAAAAGGGGAACAAAAUAAAAAAAUAAAAGAAAACUUGAAAAGAAUGGAAAAGAAAAUCUGUUCCUUCCUUCUCAUUGGAUGAUCAUUUCGCCUUUGAGAAUGAUACAGUUCCAUGUGAUUCGAACCAUCUCUCUUUUCGUAGUCGCUCGAUUCGCAGCGACGGCGGCGAGAUGUCCCUCCACCCCGCUGACGUCUCCUACAGGUCACUUCUCUCUCUCUCUCUGCUGUUCGAUUUCCUGCUGCUGUUUUGCAUUUGAAUUGUGGAAAAGUUCCGAUCUUUUCUGUUCUUGUUGCCGGUUCUGUGGAUUUCUGCAUUUGGGUCACUUUGGUUUGACGCGGUUCUCUGUUGUGUUCGGAGAGUUCUGCAGUGUGAUGAGGCUCGUAAGUCCUUUCAUGCGGCAAUGUUGUUAUGUUCUCUGAGUAGUGAAGCAAUUGCUCUUGAAGGGCGGCGAUGUAUUGUUGAUCACAGAUGCUUUUGAGCUGAUGGUUUUUGACUCGCUCGGGAUCAAGUUAUUAGAAAAACGAUUUGGUUGUUCCCUUUUUUAUUUGGGGGAACUGAGUAACGCGAAUGCGUCGCCCCAUGUGGCGGUCCAUCUCGCCCUCAGCGCACACCGGGUCAAUCAGCAGAGGGCUUGAAGAGACUGCUUGUGGAUCCUGUGGUUAUCCCUUGAACUUGACAUCUUCCAAUAGGAUUACCUCAGGGAUAGGCUCUGAGUAUCGCAAGUCGAUAAAGAAAGGUUUUAUCUCCUUCCUUUCUGUUGACCUCAGUCGCUUCACACAGGUGGACCGAGUAAACUGCUUCCCGGUCGCUUGGGGUCGCAAGCGCCUGAAGACAAAGCUCCUCUGCCGUAAAUGCGGGGUUCAUAUCGGGUACGGCUACGGAGACUCACAGACUCUUUGUGGCUGUGACUCCCCGAACUUGUCCACAUCAUCUUAUAAAAAGUUCACUGUAAAGAUUCGAGCUCUGCAACCGUCUGAAGAUUGCUGAAGUUGACGUAGAAGUGGCUGGAGAUCGUCUUGCCUCCAUCAUGCACCUGUCUGAUGAUUGCCUCGCUCUUUUUUUCAAAAGCUAGGCUGUAGUUCUGGUCGUUCAUCAUUUGGUCUAACGUGAAGUCGCUGGCUUCACAUUCAAGAUAGCUGCCACAGAUCAUUAUGAGUCGAACCUUUCUCCAUCCUACUACAAUCUUCAUGUCAAGCAUUUCCAUCUCAAUAAAUUGCUUGCCCGUUUCAAGCACCUCAAGUCCUUGUCUCUUUCUGGCUGGACUGAAUUAUCUGAUUCAGGGUUGAACCUGAUUGCGGUCGAAUGGUUCACCUAUUCAAUGUCUUUA